AAAAUCAAGUGGUUACUUCUCAACAGACGAUAGAACAUAGUCCACGAGAGGAUGCAAUUAAUCGAAGAGCAUUUUCUCAGCAAAAAAAAAAGCUUCGCAAACGUGAUAGCAAUAUUAUAAAUCAGAAAUUUAUUGCGCAACAAGAAUGA